GUGACAUCACCCGGGGGUGCGGGACGGGCGGGACCCCGCCGCUCUCUUCGGCCCCUUUGGAUCAUUUCGGCUCGUUUGGGAUCAUUUCAGCUCAUCUGGGACCGUUUCGGCCCGUUUGGGAGCGAGCAGGGAGUUUUCCACCCGGGGGAAAUCGGGAGUGCCUUUCCCUGCCCGCGGAACUGGGCUCCGGCAGGGGAGAGGAGCCGCGGGAGAGACGGCGCGGCCAGAAAGUUGCAAACGAGAUCUUUUCUUUUUGGCACACGCUGGAGUAGAAGUGUUUGACUUCUUUCCACGGAACAGCACAGCUCCGGGGUUUGGUGCACGUUUCUGUGAAAUUUCCUCCCGCCACGGGAAUUUAUUCAGAGUUAAAUGAAGGUACCAAAGGCUGAAGCAAGAAAACACUACUUGGAGGGACUGGAAGGAUAUUUUGCCAUCCCUGAAGGAAUGGACCUUUUGAACCUGCAUGGAAAAUGUCCCUUUUAAUACCAAAAGUCGCAAAGGAAAACUUAUGAUCGAAAUCUUACAGGAGUUUGAUUUCAGCUGUACUUUUAUCCUUAAAUAGACCAUGGAAAGUUUGUUACCUCUACUCUGUUGCCAUUAUUCUUUGCUGAUUUUAUUUCAGCAAAAAUAUCAGGUGUACGGAAACUAUUCCCAGCUCCCCAAACACCCAGGAUUCAAAGUCCUGGCAUCAGCUUCCCAUUAUUGGCCCUUGGAAGAUGUGGAUGGAAUUCACGAGUUUCGGGACACAAAUGGAGCUCUAAGAAUCCACAACUUCACUGUGCUUCCUCCCCAUAACUCUACCUUUGUAAAUACCAAUGACUCUGCCUACUCUAACUUCUCUGCAACUGUAGAUAUUAUAGAAGGGAUGGUGAACAAAGGGAUUUACGUCACUGAAAAGAAAGGAGUCACCUUUCUCUUCUUUGGAAGCUAUCGGAAUUCGUGCAUUAGUAAUCCAGAGGCUUGUGGGCCUGAAGGAGUAACAUUUUCCUUUUUCUGGAAGACUCAAGACCAACAGGCCAAGCUUCUCCCUGCCUCUGGUGGACGAGUAAUUUCCAGUGGUUUCAAAAUCUGCUCAAACGAAGGGGAAGGCUCCGUGGAGUUUUACACCCGUGGGAAUGCAAUGAUGAAGUGGAAAGCCAGCUUUAGUCCACCAGGGCCCUACUGGACCCACAUCCUCUUCACCUGGAGGUCGCGGGAAGGGCUCAAGGUGUACGUCAACGGCAGCCUGAGCACCGCGGACCCCGACGGCAAGGUUUUCUACGACUACGGCGACGCCGGCGCCGAGCUGCUGGGGGGCACGGAGGGGGCGGCGGCGCGGCGCUCCGUCAGCGGCGCCUUCGACGAGUUCGUCAUCUGGGAGAGGGCCCUGAGCCCCCGCGAGGUGCGGCAGUACUUCACCGCCGCCGUGGGUGUGCAAGUUCUGCUCUCUUCAACUCUUCCCUGGUCUCUGAUGACAACCACUACCAACCCUGUGCCUCCCACCAACGCCUACCAGCCCAUCAUCGCGGCGCUGAGCCGGGACAGAGGCAGCUCCCCCUCGCCCAGCUCCCUGCUGGGGCACCUGCAGAACGUGUCCUUCAGCCUGCCCAACAAAUCCCUGUCAGAGCACACUGCCCUGAGCCUGGCCCAGGCAUUUUUAAAAGCUAUUGAAGACUUUCUGUUACUGUCUGACUGGAUUGAUGGACCAGAGAGCCCCGCGGUGCUCAGCAGCCUGAUCCACACCAUCGACACGGUGAUGGCUCACCUGUCCCACAACCUGGAGGGGAACUCGGAAGGGAACUCGCUGCCGCUGACCCUCGAGGGCUCCUCGGCCGUGGCAGAUUACGCUGUGGUCAAAAUGCAUCCCCAGACCCUGAAUGUGUCCCACUAUCGAUUUCCAUCUCGAGGGCAGAGCUAUAUUUCCAUUCCCAGUGAAGCUUUCCAUGGAAAAGCCUGGAUCACCAUCGUGGGCCUGCUCUACCACAACAUGCAUUAUUUCUUCAGUAACAUCAACCCUGCGGACACCAGGAUUGCUGAAGCUGCGGCCUACAAAGGCUACAUGAUCUCAGCCAGCAGUUUCCUCAUCUCUGUCAAGGUGGAACCUCUGCCCCAGCUGUCCCACAACCUGUCAGGAUCUCCUCUCAUCACCAUCCAGCUCGCCCACAGGCUGACGCCCAGACAAUACAGCCAAGCACUAAAUAAAAGUAACAGAGUUCAUCUUUACUGUGCAUUUCUGGAUUACAGCAAUGGAACUGGUGUUUGGUCUGAUGAGGGCUGUGUGCGUGACAGUGGGGACCUCAACUACUCCGUGUGCCUCUGCAACCACCUCACCAACUUCGCCAUCCUGAUGCAAGUGGUGCCCCUGAAGCUAACGAGAGAACACCAGGUGGCCCUCUCCUCCAUCACUUACAUCGGCUGCGCCCUGUCCAUCUUCUGCCUGACGAUCACCCUGGUCACGUUCGCUGUGCUGUCGUCUGUCAGCACCAUCCGCAACCAGCGCUACCACAUCCACGCCAACCUGUCCUGCGCCGUGCUGCUGGCCCAGGCCCUGCUGCUGGCCAGCUUCCAGCUCAGCCCUGCAACCCUGCCUUGCAAGAUAUUGGCCAUUCUCCUUCAUUUUUUCUUCCUGAGUGCGUUUGCAUGGAUGCUGGUGGAAGGAUUUCAUCUUUACAGCAUGGUGAUCAAAGUAUUUGGGUCAGAAGAAAGCAAGCACUUAUAUUAUUAUGGAAUUGGAUGGGGCUGCCCACUGGUGAUCUGUGUCAUUUCUGCAACGUCGUCCCUGGACAGCUAUGGAGAAAGUGGCAACUGCUGGCUUUCACUGGAGAACGGAGCAAUCUGGGCUUUUGUGGCACCAGCGAUGUUUGUAAUUCUGGUCAACAUUGGCAUUCUCAUUGCUGUCACACGAGUCAUCUCCAGAAUCAGUGCAGACAGCUACAAGGUCCAUGGAGAUGCUAAUGCCUUCAAACUAACAGCUAAAGCUGUGGCUGUUCUCUUACCAAUCUUGGGGAGCUCGUGGAUCUUUGGUGUUUUGGCUGUCAAUGCCCACGCUUUAGUAUUUCAGUAUAUAUUUGCUGUUUUUAAUUCACUACAGGGAUUUUUCAUGUUCCUGUUUCACUGUCUUCUGAACUCAGAGGUUAGAGCUGCCUUUAAGCACAAAACCAAGGUCUGGUCCCUCACCAGUAGUUCAACACGCAACAUCAAUGUGAAGCCCUUCAAUUCAGACAUUAUGACUGGGAACAGGCCAGGCACAACUCCCACAAAGCUGAACACCUGGGAUAAAAGCACCAAUUCAGCAAACCGCAUUGAUUUAUCAGCAGUCUGACAGGAGCAGAAGCUCCUCAGAGAAAAUCAAGCCAUACAUUCAGGACCUCCAACACCGUGUCCACCAGCUUUUUCUCACUGCUAGUAACAGUAGAAAACUGGGGUUUUAAAUCACUGCCUAAUGAAUUGGGAAUUGCCAUUGUUUUGUUGAGUAAAUAGCCCUCAUUGCUUGCCUUCAAAACUGUAACACAUUCUAGCACUUGGCUACUAGCAAUAUCUGUAAAAAUGACCAGCACAAAUAUACACUGGAUGGUUUUGUCAGCAAUGAUGAAAACACUAGGUAUGCAAGAAGGGCUUCUUGCUCUCUGAAUCAUUCCAGCUCCCAGAACUGAGGGAAAGUAACAUACCUCUGAAAAUAUGGAUUUUUAUGCUCUAAAAUGAAAUGCUUCCAAUUGUGAUGUUGUAAUGAGACUAUUCCAGACUUGCUGUGCUUUCUCUGUUUACAUUUUUUACCUUACAGAAUUAUCAAAGUGAAGUUGAUGCAAAAUGCAUAGUAUGGUGUUUAUCUAGAUGCUAUAAGGAAGCCAGGACUUGAGGGAGAAGCAGGUUCCAGCUACCCCACUCCCAAAGUGGGUGUGGAUUAUCAAAGCUAAUAAACACAUAAACAGCACCUGUAAGGUGCAGAUCUCCUGGAUGUGGCCUGGUAGUAUUUUAGCUCUUCCUGUUGCCCUGUUAUCAUCAGAGGCAAAACUGGCUGUGGUUGUCCUAGAGCAGCCCAGAGCCCCUCUGUUGCUGAUCUGUGUCUGCUGACACAUUGCCAUACACGUUAUUCAAUCAACAAGUCUCCAUUGAGUGCAUUGUGCAAACUCACUGUGGCUUCUAGAAACCAAGCCCUGGCGCUGUGACUUACCUUGCUCCUUUUACUGGUCAUUUCGAGACACUGAAUUCCUGCCACAAAGAUUAGGACACUGAUAUACUGUGAAGACAGCCAGCCUACAAAUGAGUCUAUGUAUUGUUUCCUGCAGACAGCUUUAAACAGGUCUCUGCAGUCUCUUUUGUGGUUUCAGACUCUGCUCAGCAUUUAGUAGCUUCUGCUUUAGUACUGCUAUGAACUAUCUUUAAGGAGGAAGAAAACCAUUGUAAUUUUUCUUCUGAGCAGUGUUUUGUAGGCUCUCAGAGUGGUGUUUGGAGUGCGAGGCAAGGCUACCCCAGCUGUGCCAAAUGUGCACCUUCCCAGCUGGAGCCAAGCAGAGCUGAAGCCCUGGCAGAGGUCAGAGCCCUGCUCUGGGCCUUACUCAGCAUCCAGGGUCUCCAGAGACAUCCAGACUCCAGAGCCUCUCCAGAGACUUCCAGAGGUGAGGCCCCUCCACAGAGUGGCUUUGCAGCCACAGCUCCUGAUCCCAGCUCUCCCCUGUGUGCAGCAGCCCUCCCUCAGCACUGCUCUGCAGAGAUCAGCAGGUAAUUCACUGGCCUGAUCCACUGGGCUACCAAAGUACUGCAACAGGCAGAAAAUAGGCAACUCUUCAACCUCACCUCUUCAUAAGAUGUUUUGUGUUGGGUUUUUUUAGCCUUAAUUAAAUGUUUGUGUAUUCAGCAGCUCAGACCAUUCCUGGUCCCAAUGUUUUUUGUUUCCAAGAGAAAAGAUAUUUACACUCUAAUGUGCAGAGUGGAAAUUUCUAUAGCAUAGUAAAUUUAUCAAAAAGUAAAAUGAAAGUAAAUUGAUCUUUAGGGAACAGGAAAUACCCACCAAUUAUGACUGAAUUUAGUGAAGUGUUUAAAACAAAAGGCAUGGAAUUUAAAGUUUAGAAAAACUCAAUGCAUUUAAUUUCUGUUUGAUCCAAACCAAGUUUUGUCCCUCUUUCCCUCCCGCACUAAAAAAAAAGAUCUAUUUCAGUUUGGCCCAAUCUUUCCUGCCUUUUCCCCUUCCCACACCUGUUGGUGUGAUCCCCAAACUGGAAGCCCAGAGUCCACCCAAGCCUGUUGAGCUUACAGCUCAAAACAUUCUACAGAAAUCAUUUUAGUUGCACCAGAUCUAUGCUGGAUUCCUGCAGCUGGAACACAGCAGAACUGCACAUCACACAUUUACAGGCAUGAAAUCCACGGGCUUUAAUCUCAUGUUUCCUAAUGCUAAAUAACUCCGGUCCUUGACAGCUAACUCCAAACACAGGGUCAGUAAAAGCUAAAUAUGUACAUGGCUGUGUCUUUAUUUUGGCUUUUCUGUAUGGUUUUCUCCUAGCCUUUUCUGCACUGCUCUGUCUUACAGCUGUGCAAAUAUUUGGUCUUUUCUUGGCCUGAAAAAUGAUUUUUUUCCCUGAAAGACCGUGUAGACAGAGCCCUUGGAAUGUACAGAGGAGAUGGAAUAGAAGAGUUCUGUGAUAACAGUGUUCAGAGUUUGUAUUGUGUGCAGACAAUGUAUUUAGGCAUAUUUUUUAUACUGGACCAUAUGAGUUCUUUUGGUUUUGGUUUGUUUCUUUGGUUUGUUUUUGGUUUUUUUAUACUGUGACCACAAAUAUAGAUUGAAACCCUCCUUGAUAAUUUUCUAAUCAUUGUAUUAUAGCACAAAGUUCUGUGAAUGAACCAGACAGCAUAUAAAAGUUUGGGGGUUUUUUUGGUUUGUUUUUUUUUUUUUUUGUUUUUUUUAAAAUCUUAAUUUUUAAGAUUAUUCCCCUCUGCACAAUUUUUGUUACCUGCAUUUCCUCCUGUGCUGUAUUGGUCAUUUUGUGACCAACCAAGGUCCCUUUGGAAAAAACCCCAACAAGAGACACUGCAAAAUGGCAGUGGCACGAAGGGCUAAGUCAGUUUUUCAUCCAGGUAUGCUCUGGUUUAAAAUUGUUCACCAAAGUUAAAGCCAGCAUGGAGGCAUGUUUGGUUUUACACUUCAGAAGGGGACGGGGCAGUGCUGUGAGGGAGCACUGGUGGCCCUGUGUCUCCUGGAUGGGAUCCUCUGUGCAUGCAGGGUCCUGCUGCACCUGGUGGACGGGGCUGGGGAUGAAGCAGUUUUAUUUUGUUCAUGGCCCAUGAGGUUUGGAGCACUGAAUUUAUCACACUGCAUUGGGCAUGGGGCUCCUUCUGGUUUUGAUAAACUGGUGAAAAUCCCCACAAAGUACAAAUGUGUUCUGUUGCCAUCGAUAUCCAUUCUUUUUGUUUGAUUCAAAGUGUUUUUCUUGGUACUGAAUGCAGCGAAUGUACUGAAUAAGAAAUGCUCAAAUGAAUCUUUAAACAAUCUCUUUCUGUCCUCAGUCUCUUGAAGCUUGAAGAUCUUCAGUUUAUUUAUGGGCCUGUGUAUAGCAGCUAUUACAAUUUUUUUUUUUUGAACAGCAUCAUUUUGUCAACAGUAUGAAAUCUUAAUUGAAUGAAAUGUGAGUUUUAAAAAUAGGUAAUGUAGCAAGAAUGACUUUGCCAGUAAUUAGUAAAAUAAUUUAGUUUUGUUGUUUUUCCCCCUCAAAUAAAUAAGAAAUCUUAAUUUCCUAAAA